ACACACACACACACACACAUGUAAGCAAGCCUCCCCCGCUGGCAACCUAAACUCCAUUCGUCCCCCAGAAUCUUCCUCCUCUCCUCUCUACCCUCAAUCCUCUUAAAGACUCCCCUCUCAGCCUUCUCUCUCCUGAAUCAAAUUCAAAUUUCAACUCCAUUUUCUGUCUCUAUGCUCCUCCUCUCUUCUUAACAAAACAAAAAAACAAAACACCUAAGUAGUUAACUCAUGGCAACUUCUCACUCUUUGUUGCUCUGUUUCAUACUCUGUUUCACUCACGUUUUUAUCUCGACUUCGCAAACUCUUUUUCUGCCUUUAAUUCACUCCCUCUCCAAAACCCAAUUCACCUCCACCCACCACCUCCUCAAAUCCACCUCCACCCGCUCAACCGCCCGCUUCCACCACCACCACCACCACCACCACAACAACAAGAACAGCCACAAACAUCGUCAAGUCUCCCUCCCUCUCUCUCCUGGUAGUGACUACACUCUCUCCUUUACUAUCAACUCUCAACCCAUCUCUCUCUAUCUUGACACCGGAAGUGACCUUGUUUGGUUCCCAUGCCAGCCUUUCGAAUGCAUUCUCUGUGAAGGCAAAGCUGAAAACGCGUCUCUCGCUUCCACCCCCCCACCAAAACUAUCUAAAACUGCCACGCCAGUCUCUUGUAAAUCGUCUGCAUGUUCGGCUGUACACUCCAAUCUCCCAAGCUCCGAUCUUUGUGCUAUUUCCAACUGCCCGUUAGAAUCCAUCGAAAUAUCUGAUUGUCGAAAACAUUCUUGCCCACAAUUCUAUUAUGCUUAUGGCGAUGGCAGCCUGAUAGCUCGCCUUUACCGCGACUCUAUUAGGCUACCGUUAAGCAACCAAACUAACUUGAUAUUCAAUAACUUCACAUUUGGCUGUGCCCACACCACGCUCGCCGAGCCUAUUGGGGUUGCUGGGUUUGGGCGGGGAGUCCUUUCGUUGCCUGCUCAGCUUGCUACAUUAUCUCCCCAACUUGGAAAUCAAUUCUCUUAUUGUUUGGUGUCUCAUUCGUUUGAUUCAGACGGGGUUCGUCGACCGAGUCCACUCAUUCUAGGAAGGUAUGAUCAUGAUGAGAAAGAGAGAAGGGUAAACGGUGUUAAGAAGCCUAGUUUUGUGUAUACUUCUAUGCUUGAUAAUCCAAGACACCCUUACUUUUAUUGUGUUGGGCUUGAGGGUAUUUCUAUUGGUAGAAAAAAAAUUCCAGCGCCAGAUUUUUUGAGGAAGGUUGAUGGAGAGGGGAGUGGUGGGGUUGUGGUGGAUUCGGGGACUACUUUCACUAUGUUGCCGGCGAGUUUGUAUGACUUCAUCGUGGCAGAGUUUGAGAACCGAGUUGGGCGAGUUAAUGAGCGAGCUAGUGUCAUCGAGGAAAAUACCGGGCUGAGCCCGUGCUAUUAUUUUGAUAAUAACGUGGUGAAUGUACCAAGGGUGGUGUUGCAUUUUGUGGGGAAUGGAUCCAGUGUGGUACUGCCGAGGAGGAAUUAUUUUUAUGAGUUCUUGGAUGGUGGUGAUGGGAAGGGGAAGAAGAGGAAGGUUGGUUGUUUGAUGCUGAUGAACGGUGGUGAUGAGGCUGAGUUGAGUGGUGGGCCUGGGGCUACUUUGGGGAAUUACCAGCAACAGGGGUUCGAGGUUGUUUAUGAUUUGGAGAACAGAAGGGUUGGGUUUGCAAGAAGGCAGUGUGCAUCUUUGUGGGAAACCUUGAACCAGAUUUAACAAACCCUAAGAGGGAUUCGUACAGGUUUAUUCCAUAUUUGCACUUCACUUUUUCGCUUCUGGCAUUUCACUCGAUAAUGUAUAGUGAAAUGUUUAUAGCUUGGCACAUAAAAAGGUGGAUGUGAGAAGCGAAAAAAUGAAGUGCAAUUUAGUGCAUAAUUU